CGAAAAAUAUUUAGAACAAAUACAUUGUCGAGACUCAAAAUCCCACUUUUAUUGCACUUUCACUAAGCGCUGUAUCCAUUCACACCGAUGUGAACCAGACAAACACAUACAUCCGCAUUGGUUUUGACAUUAUAAACUAACCAUGACAAUUUUUCUCUUUAUUUACGCAUAGGAAUAACAACACGUGGAAAUACAUUGAUUCGACAAUAUAUUUUAUUGUAUUUACAUCUGUUAAGAUGCCAGAGCAUAAAUUCCAUUGUUUGGUCGUUGAUACGACUGCUUUCAUAAACAACGUAUCGCUGCAGGAUCAUGCCGACUACCUAAUCACAGUGCCAGAAGUGGUGAAGGAAAUCAAGAAUAAGCGUCAAUUGAAGCGUUUGUGUGUUUUGCCGUAUGAUCUAGUAGUUGAUGAGCCAUCUCCAGCAUCUGUUCAACAUGUUAUUGCAUUUGCUAAGAAAACUGGUGAUUAUUUGAGUCUAUCAUCGGCCGAUAUAAAGGUGAUUGCAUUGACCUAUCAACUUGAAUGCGAAUUGGUGGGCAAAGAUCAUUUACGCGAUGAACCAAUCGUAGCAAAAACGAUUGCAUCCAAACAAAAACCGGUUGAAUUGGUGGAUAAAACGCCACUGGCAGGUUUUUAUGUGCCACCGCAGAAGGAAUCGCUUGAAGAGAAAACGCGCCAGAAUCGUGAGCUAGUCGCUGAAAAGGUGGAGCAAGAGGAAAAAGAGGCAAAAGAAAAUAGUGAAGAUGAUGAAAAAGACAGUGAGACAGAAGAUCAAGCUGAAAUAGCUGAAAAUGCCGCUGGUGGUGUCGAAAUAUCAGAACAAGCCGAACAAACACUUGAUCAGCUUGAAGAAAAAUUCAACAAAUUAAACUGUGGCUUGGUAUCCGAAAGCGAAGCCGAUCAAAUUCUUGUUUCAGUUAAAGACGACAGUAAAAACGAUGGUGAUAAUGAAGAGAACGAUAGCGAAGAGACGGAAGAAAGCGAGACCGAGAGCGAAGAGGAUGAUGAUGAUGAGAGUAGUUGGAUUACACCAACAAAUUUACAAGAAAUGAAAAGUGCUUGCAGCAAAGAAGUGGUCGAUGACCAAAAACGAGCUCGAGUUGCUUGUAUGUCAACUGAUUUCGCUGUACAGAAUGUACUGAAACAAAUCAAUUUGAAUAUUGCCGCAUUGGAUGGCCGCAUUAUCAAACAAAUGCGAACUUAUAUUCUGCGUUGCUAUGCAUGCUUCAAAACAACAAGCAUCAUGACCAAAUUAUUCUGUCCGAAUUGCGGGCACAAAACAUUGAAACGUGUCGCUGUGAGCAUGGAUGAGAAUGGUCAACAAGUGAUUCACAUUAAUUUGCGUCGACCACUCACCGCCAAGGGUAAAAAUCAAAGUAUUCCACGGCCAAGAGGUGGCAAACAUUCAUCAAAUCCGAUUUUGUUUGAAGAUCAACCGAUUCCAAAACAAUUUCCAACUCGUGUGGCGCGCACAAAAACAAAUGCCAUGGACGAAGAUUAUAUUGCAGGCUUCUCACCAUUCGUCCUACGUGAUGUCGACUCAAAGUCAGCACUAUUGCGAGCUAAAAACGGUGGUAACAUUAAACAAUGGGCUAGAAAUCAUGCAUACCGAAAUAUGAAACGGAAUUCAAAAAAAUAAACUUUUUCACUGAUUUUUUCGAUAUAUUUGCGAUUUAUUUGAGGUUUAUGUUAAUUAAUUACAGAAAAAAAACUAUAUCUUAUAAAUAAAACAAGUAAAAAUUAA